AUGACGUAUUUGGAUCUGGUCAUGGUCAAACGUCUCUUAUUCUUAUUCGCAAAAGAUUCGUAUGACUCAGCGGACACAUCAAGUCAAGAACUGCGAUACCUUGCUCAAGGUGUAAAGUUAUGGUUGCAAAAAAUAAAUUGGGAUGACGUUUUACCUAUUCCAUUACAACAAGAUUGGUCAAAAAUGCGUGUGGAACUGGAGCAAAUUAAUAAUAUUAAAAUCAAUCGUCUAGUUCUCGGCAUCGAAAAAAUUAAAAAACUAGAAUUACACGCGUUCGCUGACGCAAGUAUGCAAGCCUAUGGUACUUGUAUAUACACACGCGCUACAGACAUUUAUGGUAAAGUAGUAAUAAAUUUAUUGUGUGCAAAAUCAAGAGUCGCGCCAUUAAAGGUAGUUUCGUUACCUCGGCUCGAACUGUUAGCUGCGCUUUUGGCCGCUCGCCUUAUGUCAAAAUAUGCAUCAAAAUUACAGUUACCUAUAAAUGAAUAUUUUUAUUGGACAGAUUCGACACUGGUAUUAAAUUGGUUAUUAUCUCCGUCGUCUCGUUGGAAAACUUUUGUGGGAAACAGAGUAAGUGAAAUACAAGAGUUAACGUCUGUUUCACAAUGGAGGCAUGUUGCGUCCAGCGACAAUCCAGCGGACAUAGUGUCAAGAGGCUGUUUUCCAUCACAAAUGAAAGGUUUAGAUUUAUGGUGGAACGGACCUAGUUGGUUGAAAGGGGAACAUACUCAAUGGCCAAGUAACUUUCAAGAACUUACUUAUAAAAGUGAAUAUUUGUCUGAAGAAAAAUCUAAUUUUUUAUCGAGUGACACUAAUAUUUAUGGUCCUGUUGAAGCUACAGAAAUUGAAAAUGCCCUUAAACGAUUAGUGAAGGUAGCGCAACAAGAAGAAUUUUUUACUGAGUUGUGUGACUUAAAAAACUCAAAAUUAGUGUCCAGUAAAAAUAAACUUUUUCGUCUUAAACCAUUUCUAGACAACGAUGGUAUAAUCAGGGUAAGCGGUAGAUUAAAACAUGCCGUCUCACUAUCAUUUUUUCAAAAACAUCCGAUAGUGUUACCCGCUGAUAGUGCUUUUACAAAAUUAUUAUUUCUGGAUGAACACGAAAAAUCAUUACACGCCGGUCCACAAGCGAUGUUAGCUAAUAUACGUUUGAGAUAUUGGCCGAUUAAUGGACGUAAUAUAGCCAGAAAUAUAUCUAGAAAAUGUGUCAAAUGUUUCAAAUACAAACCGGUUGUAUUUGAGCCCAUCAUGGGUGACUUACCUAAGGACCGAGUCGAACCAGCGCGAGCCUUUGUUAAAUGUGGCGUAGAUUUUGCUGGUCCAGUGUUUGUGCGGUCUAGUUUGCGAAGAAACGCGCCUAAGACUAAAGCGUAUAUCAGUAUCUGGGUUUGUCUUGUCACAAAAGCUAUUCAUAUAGAAUUAGUAGGCGAUUUGACAGCGGAGUCUUUCCUUAAUGCGUUACGGAGAUUCUGUGAUAGACGUGGUUAUUGUACGGACGUGUAUUCAGAUAACGGAAAAAAUUUUGUUGCGGUUAAUCGACAACUUCGAGAAGUGCAUGAACUUUUAGCUAAACCAGAAGUUAAAAAUGAAUCAAGUAAUAAAGGAAUUCAAUGGCAUUUUAUUCCGGCCCGUAGUCCUCACUUUGGCGGAUUGUGGGAGGCGUCUGUUAAAUCUGUUAAGGCACAUUUGCUCAAAUCGAUUGGUAAUGCUCUGUUUAACUAUGAAGAGUUAUAUACAAUACUUGUUCGAGUAGAAGCCAUAUUAAAUUCGCGACCGUUGACACCUUUUUCCACGGAUCCAAGUGACUUAUCGGUUUUAACACCUGGUCAUUUUUUGAUAGGUGACUCACUAUCCGCUUUUCCCGAACGUGACGUAACGAAUAUUAUGGAGAACAGACUAACUCGCUGGAGGCGUGUUGUUCAAAUUACGCAAAAAAUAUGGAUUAGAUGGAAGAACGAGUAUCUCAAUCAGUUACAAGAGCGAAAAAAAUGGUCACAAUCAAAUGGUCCUGGUUUGAAGAAAAACACUGUAGUUCUCAUGCGUGAUGAAAACUUGCCCCCUUUAAAAUGGUCAAUUGGAAUAAUAAUGGAAGUUCAUAGUGGUUCUGACGGUGUCGUACGAGUGGCUACUAUCCGUACAGCAACCGGUGUAUAUAAACGAGCUGUUCGUCAAUUAUGUCCAUUACCUUUCGAGGGAAAUUGUACAGCAAGUUCAAAUAAUUAA